UCACUUUAUUGCAGUUCUCUUUCAAUUGCGGACGUGGGUUGGCGCGUUACGCAACUUUUAUUACUGUUUGUUUGGAUUCAGUUCAACUAUUUAACGAUGGAUGCAAAAGCUGACGAAAAGCUGCAAGUUUUGGAAACGAAGCAAUGUGAGGUGUGCCAAAAACCGGCCAUACACAGGUGUGGAGGAUGUCGCCGGGUUUGCUACUGCAGUAAACAGCAUCAGCAGGACCAUUGGGAACAGCACAAAAAUGUUUGCAGAUCGUACAAGAUUUGCCAAAACGAUGAUCACAGUCGUCAUGUAGUAGCUACUAGAUCUCUCACCCCUGGAGAAUUCAUUCUACUGGAACCACCUCUCAUCUGGGGCCCCUCUUUCAACACAGUUCCAAUUUGUCUGGGUUGUGGCAAAGCCGUUAACGGCGAAAAUAGCAGACCUUGUAACAAAUGCGGUUGGCCUGUGUGUAGUACUUUAUGUGAAAAAUCUCCUAGUCAUCUUCCCGAAUGUAGAUACUCAAUCCAACGUGGCGAAAGAGUCCACAUAAAAAAGUUUGGAGUACCUCAACCGAUUUACAGAUGCAUUACCAUCCUGCGUUGUUUGUACCACAAACAGUUUUUACCAAGGAGCUGGAAGAAACUGGAAAAACUUCUUUCUAGUUUAGGAAAUCACACCUCAACAGUCACUUCCGAGAAUGAAAAACAGACAAUCGCAGAAUUCAUUAGGAGGUUUUUCAAGGUUUGGGCAAUAUUUUCAAUGGAGGACGUGAUGAAAGUUUGCGAAAUGGUCAUGAUUAAUAGUCACGAAGUACGUUUAACCGAUCCGCCUUUCAUUGCGAUCUAUAGUACCACAUCUAUGAUAGAGCAUAAUUGUAGACCAAAUUGCACUAAAAGUUUCACAAAUCUUGGCCAAAUUCUUAUCACUGCAGCAGUACCAAUUCAAGAAGGUGAUAAUCUGAGCAUUUCUUAUACGGAUCCUUUAUCUGGCACUCAAAGUCGGAGGUACUUCCUUCACGAAACGAAAUUCUUUUGGUGUCGGUGCGAGCGGUGUGAGGACCCAACAGAACUUGGUACAAAUUUUAGUGCUCUUAAAUGUCAAUCACCAGACUGUGAUGGUUAUCUCCUUCCGAAAACAUUUACUGAUGUUCAAACUUUGCCUGACUGGAUUUGUAACAUAUGUAGUCGGUGUGUAUCCUCCUACUCAGCUCAUGACGUACUGGAACGAAUAGAGCAUGAUUUGUAUGAUCUUGAUAAGGCAAAUGUUGAGGAAUGUAAACAUUUUUUGAGAACUUAUGAAAGUUAUUUGCACGAAAACCACUUUUAUUUUGCUGGUGUUGAGUAUAUAUUUUGCCAGCUUUUGGGAAAAAGCGGUGUGCAACUCUUAAGUGAUGAAGAUCUAGAGUUGAAGUUUCAUUAUUGUUGUCAUUUGGAGAGUUUACUGAAAGUUUUAGCGCCAGCGGAAAAAUGCAUUCUUGGAACGGUUUUAUUUGAAAAAUUUUCAAGCAUCAUGGAAAUUCGGAGAAGAAAAGGAUCACAGGAACUGAAAAAUAAUCAUGAGGAAUGCAGAGCAAUUCUUCAUGAAGUGACUGAACUUUUAAAAAAUGAACCCGACUGUCUCCCGGAAGGAAAAAUUUAUCAAAAAGCAAGAGCGUAUUUGAGUAAUGAAGUUCUUAUGGAGAAUGAAAAUAUCGAUGAAAACUAGUGUAUCGCAUAAUUGUUAUAGUGCAUUUAAAUAAAACCUGUUGUGAGUU